AUGAUCACCCCCUUAUCCGGUAACGACCGCUUCAACGCCGAAGCCGCCAACUGGGACUCCAACCCCUCCGUCCAAGAGGCCACACGCCAGGCCUUCGAGACAACGCUCCAACCUCUCAUCACCACCCUCUCCAACAAGGCAAGCAAUGGGCUUGAUGUGCUGGAAGUCGGAUGCGGCACGGGUCUUCUGACCCUGCGCGUCGCCCCUCUUGUCAAGGAGAUCGUAGCUAUUGACACCGCAGACGGGAUGAUCGAGAUGCUCAAAGCCAAACUCACCACGCCAGACGCACCGAAGAACGUCGUCCCAAUCUGCCACUUGCUCGAGGACCCGGAGGAUGCUGUUCUCCCUACAUCAGCCGAGCCAACCGGUUCCAGCGGCCGUCGGAAAUUCGAUCUCAUCGUCUCGCAUCUCGUCAUGCAUCAUGUGCCGGAUCUGAAGGCCUUCCUCGCCACACUGCGCGGCUGCCUCAAAUCCGGGGGCCGGGUGGCGUUGACGGACUUCGAGGACUUUGGACCCGAGGCGAGGAAGUUCCAUCCAAAGGACAAGCUGAAGGGCGUUGAGAGACAUGGGAUUCCGCGGGAAUGGAUGGAGGAGCUCAUGCGGGAAGUCGGCUUCGAGGAGGUCAAGGUGUGGGUGGGGUGGACGUUGGACAAGGAGGUCGAGGAUUGGGAGGACGGGAAGAAGGAAACGAUGCAGUUUCCAUUCCUGGUGUGCGAAGGCGUUUGCCCUUGA